AUGGAAUCCGUGAUGGAUAUUAGCAACUGUGCAGAAAAUCAAAAAAUGAAGUAUGUCGCAAUUUCACUGACUAAUAAAGCAUUGACAUGGUGGAACACUCAGAUACAAGCCAGGGGUAGAGCAGCAGCUAUGAGAAUGACAUGGGAUGAGUUUAAGGCAUUACUAGUGGAAGAAUUUUGUCCGAAAAAUGAAAUGCAAAAGUUGGAGAAUGAAUUUUGGAAUCAUGCCAUGGUAGGAGCUAAACAUGCCGCUUACACUGAUCGAUUUCAUGAGCUUGCCAAACUAGUACCUCAACUAGUUACCCUCGAAUCAAAGAGGAUUGAGAGGUACAUUUAUGGCCUUGUUCCCCAAAUUCGUGGACUUGUGGCAGCAAUUGAGCCAACCACAAUUCAAAGUGUUAUUCUGAAGGCAGGAUCUUUGACGGAUGAGAUGGUGAGAAAUGGGUCAUUGUCCAAGGUUAAUGAGAAAAAAAAAGGAAGGAUGGUACUGAGACGAGUGGGUCAAAGAACACUAAUGGAAAAAAUAAGAAGGCUAAAAUAUAGAGCCAAUAGUUUGAAUACUUAUUACUUGAUUGAAGUAGCUAAUGGGAAAUUUGCUAGAGUCGAUAAAAUCGUUAAUGAUUGUGCCUUAGAAAUAGAGGGUCAUAUGUUCAGUAUUAAUCUUCUGCCUUUCUCGCUAAGAAGCUUUGACGUAGUUAUUGGUAUGGAUUGGCUAUCGAAGCAUAAAGCCGAGAUAGUUUGCUAUGGAAAGGUGGUUCGUAUACCUUUAGGGAAUGGUGAAAUGUUACUUAUAUAUGGAGAGCGGGCGAAGGAAAAUCAGAAGCACCUCAUGGGCAUUAAGUCUAACAAGAAGAAACUUGAAGAUCUAAUAGGAUUACCUCCAAUAAGACAAGUCGAGUUCCGUAUAGAUCUUAUUCCCGGAGCGAUUCCAGUUGCCAAAUCUCCAUACUGUUUAGUGCCUACUGAAAUGCAAGAGUUGUCUAAUCAACUUCAAGAGCUCCAAGAAAAAGGCUUCACCAGAUCGAGUCAUUCGCCUUAG